CGCCGUCGCUUUGACAGUGGUGUAACAACCUUCGUGAGCGCCGUGCCGUGCCGUGCCGUGCCCUGCGUCGUGCUGCGAGUCAAGAGAGAAAAAGUACAGAGCUGCCGCGGUAUUUUCGAAAAAUCGAUCGCGCCGCGCUUCGUCGAGCGCGAGGGGUCGAAUUCGCGGUCCUACGCUCGAAAGUUUAGCGUGCAGAGCUGGCAACGUGCUUUCGUGAAUCUCUGUCUCUCUUCGUUGAACGUUCAAUUAAAUUAUAGACGUUUCGCUAGUGAGAUCGAGAAGACACCGUUCCAACUUUUUUCCCCCCGACGAGAAAUUCAUCGCGAAAGCGCGAUAAGCCGUCGCGGGCGUAUUUUAAAUGCUCCUUCGCGAGACAGUAGCGCGCAGCCGAGCGGUGUGGGAUCGGUUCGAUCGAUGCUCCGCCACGGCCAAGUGGGACCGAUGAUUUUAAACACGCUCGCGGACGUUUGAGUAAACAUUAGAGACGAGACAGUGUUGGCAGACACAAGGGAACCAUUAUUGCGAUCGUCCACGAGCACGUUGUGUGCGGUCUGUGCACGUGAUAAAACGUUAUCUGUUGUGACACGGAAUUUUUUCGCGGCUACGAGACGAGAACGGUCCUUUUCGGGAAGUCUCGGUGCGGUUUCCUGUCCGGCCCAGGGUACCGGAAGUGCACAUUAACCGGUGAAGAGGAGCAGCGAUGCAUUUGGUAGCGCCUCGUGAUAGAGUCUAAUCGUGUUCUAUUUAAUAACUCAAUUAUAACAAUGCCACGGCUCGUCUCGCUUCGUCUGGAGUGUCGAAUGGACUAAGACACCCUUCCCGGAUAGUAGGGAUGUCCAAGUUCGAAUCCUGGCUGAGAUGCCUUUCACGUUGUAAAGUGACUCUUGUCGAAAGAAGCUGUACACUUACGAUGGGCAAGCUUUUGAGUCUUUUGGCUCGAGAUGAGUCUACCUGUUGCACUCCUCAAAAGUACGACGUCUUCUUGGAUUUCGAAAAUGCACAACCGUCGGACCUCGAACGCGAGACAUUCGAGGCGGUGCAAAGAGUGCUGAAAAAUUCAGAGUCCAUUUUAGAGGAGAUACAAUGUUACAAAGGAGCUGGGAAAGAAAUCAGAGAGGCCAUUUCAGCACCCACGGAGGAAUGUCAGCGGAAAGCAUAUCUGACCGUGGCACCUCUCGUCGCGAAACUCAAACGAUUCUAUGAGUUUUCCUUGGAACUCGAAAGGGUAGUGCCGAAAAUACUGGGGCAAUUGUGCUCGGGAAACCUCUCACCGACACAACAUCUGGAGACGCAGCAGGCGCUAGUCAAACAAUUGGCGGAGAUAUUGGAAUUUGUAUUAAAGUUUGACGAGCAUAAAAUGAAAACGCCGGCGAUUCAGAACGACUUCAGCUACUAUCGUAGGACAUUGACGAGGGCAUCGCUGGCGCGCCAGGAUAACGCCGAAAAGGACCUAGUUGUCGGGAACGAACUCGCCAACCGAAUGUCCUUGUUUUACGCCCACGCGACACCCAUGCUUCGAGUUCUGAGUCACGCGACCAUUACUUUCUUGAUGGACAACGAAGAUAUAGCAAGGGAAAACAUUACGGAAACGCUUGGUACAAUGGCAAAAGUGUGUCUUCGAAUGUUGGAAAACCCGAAUCUGCUGGCGCAAUUCCAACGAGAAGAGACUCAGCUCUUUGUCCUAAGGGUUAUGGUGGGUCUGGUGAUUCUCUACGAUCAUGUACAUCCCCAAGGUGCUUUUGUAAAGGGUUCGAAUGUGGAUGUCAAAGGCUGCGUGAAGCUAUUAAAGGACCAGCCGCCUUGCAAAAGCGAAGGCCUUCUGAACGCCCUCCGCUAUACCACGAAGCACUUGAACGAGGAGAACACGCCGAAGAAUAUAAAGAAUCUACUUGCCGCAUGAUUACCAAAGCAACGAGGUUGCUGUAUCAGAAGCUGAGACUACGGGCGCACUUUCUUGCUAGAUACUUUUCGAGCGGUUCCGUUUCGAACGACCGUCUUCGUAAGCUCUCAACGCGUAGGUCCAAGAAUCUUCCGUUCGCGCAUAAAGUGCAACCCGCGUAAGUCAGGCUUCUUUCUUGCACGCUUGUCCGAUGAAUGGCGGACCACGCGUGCCCUCGGAAAGCUCUAAGCUGCCCGAAAACUACCGAGCGAUUUGGAGUCGUCGAAAAACAAUCGUUAAAUGAUACGGUAACGUAAUGAUCGACUUUGGCAGAACGAUUGAUCAUUGCGCGUUCCUUUUCCUAUGAUCGUCUGCGAGCGUGUGCGAUUAUUAUUAUCCUUGCUGAUAUUAUUAUUAUAACGCAAAACGAUUACUGUGCCAGCAAGGCAUUGAAUCGGCAAAUCUUCCGCGAUUUACUCAUCAUUUCGGUAAAAUAUUUGUUGGCAUUAAUGUUUCCCAAUAGCGAAUCCCGCGGAUCCUCGGCUCGCAGAAUUUCUCAACGAUAAGGAAAGUUAGAUAGAAGCUACAAUAGAUUUGUAUGGCCACAGAUUGCCCCGUAGUAAUACUUCCUUUGGUACAGUGUUUCAACCAAAGUCAUCUAUUGAUUUCCGGCCGAGCGGGAUAAAAAGUUAAUUAGAGCAUAUCAUAGUGUAUUAUAAGGUAACACGGAUUGUGGACUUUUGGAGAUGUUACGAAGAGAGCUUUAAUCACGUUAUGGAUAUUAUGGAGAUUUUUAGCUCUUGUUUACUUUGUUGAAUGGCGGGCGAGAGGGUGGAUUGUGAGACUGUGAAUCGCAGAGUCGAAUACUGCCGGAUCAUCAAGUACGCAUAAUCGAUAAUCUCAUUUCAUCGGUAACCCAAUGUUUGGAAAGCCUCAAAUAUUAUUGCGCACAUGAUCUUGGUUGAUUAUUGAAAUCUAAAGUCACUUUAUAAUCUUUUUGUGCGAUUGGCGAAUAAAAAAAGACCAAAGAUGCUUUUAGUGUAUAAUAAAGCUACGAGAACGUCAGAGAUGUGAUUUAUUAUUAUUAAAUAUUAUGUGAUUGUAUUAUUAUUAAUAUUCUUAUUACGAAUGAUGCUGCGAAGGUUCUAUUUAUAGUAACCAGCGAACUCACACGUGCCGCGUAUAUAUCUCAGCGGUACUACGUCAUUGUUUAUAUAUUAAUGCAGAUAAGUCCGCCUAUAUGCAAACACAAAGUAAUCUUUGAAAAUUUCUACUAUUUCGUUCUUUUCUUCCAAUUCCUGUUAUAUUUUUCUAACAUAAAAUAAUAUAAAUAUAAAAAUUGUUUUAUGUUGCAGAGUUAGCUGUAUCAAGAAUGUUGUCACGGUUUUUAAAAUAUAUUCUUAAUUAAUUAAUUAUAAACUUUCAAGUAUUUAUUAUGAACUAUAGAAUACUAUGUUUCAUUUACACGACCAGUUUUCGAUCAGCUUUCUACAAGAUUUUUCAAAAAUUUGACGGGAUUUAUAAAGCUACUGGACUAAUAAAACAAUACUCAUAUAUUGCAAAUUUUUACUGUUGUAUUAACAAAAAAGAUUUGUGAUAAACACAUUCAGGACGGUUUUUAUAUAUACAUGUGACGUAAAUAUCAGGAAAAAAACUUCAGGAGUUUUCGAACUGACUUUAACACAAAACAUCUUCUUGCGCGUUUUAGAGAUUAAUACCUUGAAGACUGCUUGCCGACCAUAAUGUGGAAUUUUGUGUGAAAGCACACGUAAUCGGAGAAUACACGUUUACGUAAGACUCUACCGUUUAUUAGUAGUGGACCUCAGACACUCAAAUACUGUAUAUACAGAUUGUUAUGAUGUAUUAGCAACAUCCACAGGUAUUACUGUUACAUUGGCACACUCCAACGACAAGUGCUCCGACUUAUUGCCUUGGUAAUUUUUAAGAGAAAAAGAAAAACAGAAACGCGACACAGUAUUCAGUUAUUUUUGAGUGCCGUUUAUUGUAUGCUUCAUUUUGUCACGUUAUUCAAUGUCAAUUAACACAAAGAUUAUUAUUACCGCACGUAUUACACGCGCGCACGUGCGCAAAUUGUACUUGAAUUAAAUUAAAAUCCCCUGAAACGCA